GAGGACACAGUAAAGAAAGCGGAGCCAUACAAUACAGUCAGCACCAUGUCCAGGCGCAGUGAUCGCAUCACGCUUCAAGCCAGAGAUCCAAACAGCCCAGUCACACCAAUCGUCCCAGUCACGCUGAGGAAAAGAAAGACUGAGUGUUCUAAGAAGAAACUACAACCUGCUACCAAGAAACAAAACUAUGAAAUACAAAAGUGUUGGUCAGAGGAUGGAGCGUCUCCAUGCAUUCUCAUAGAAACUCCCCACAAAGAGCUAAAACCAGCAAACCCAUCUAACUUCAAACAAUACACAUUCAAGAACCUCUUCAUCAAGGCUUCGCCCAUUCCUCAUCUCAGUUGGGCUAGUUCGGAUGACGUGUGGAUCAAAAUGCUUAACAAGGAGCUGAAGUACGUUCAUGACAAGAGCUACCUGCAGCGGCAUCCUAAACUGCAGCCCAAGAUGAGGGCGAUUCUCCUGGACUGGCUGCUUGAGGUGAGUGAGGUGUACAGCCUCCACAGACAGACGGCGUACCUUGCCCAGGACUACUUUGACCGCUUCAUGCUCACUCAGGAGAAUAUCAACAAAGACUACCUGCAGCUCAUCGGCAUCACGGCGCUCUUCAUUGCCUCCAAGAUAGAGGAAAUCUACCCUCCUAAAACCUAUGAGUUUGCCUACGUCACGGACGGUGCCUGCGACCUGUGGGACAUCCAGCGCACAGAGCUUCACAUGUUAAAGGCGUUAGACUGGAACCUGUGUCCUGAGACCCCCAUCUCCUGGUUGAAGCUGUACACUCAGGUUGAAGCCCAGAAAAAUGGAGUGAACUUCCUGGAGCCGCAGUUCUCCCAGGAUACCUAUAUCCAGAUCACACAGCUGUUGGACUUGUGUAUGAUGGACAUCACCGCGCUCGACUAUAACUACAGCGUUCUUGCCGCAGCUGCCUUCUGCCACUUUUCCACCUUUGACGUUGUUCAUAAAGUCUCAGGUCUCACAUGGGAUAGUGUGUCUCAGUGUUAUCAGUGGAUGACUCCCUUCAUGGAAACACUGCGAUCUGAACCCAAACCUCAGCUCAAGAACUUCCCAAAAGUCAGAGCAGACGACAGACACAAUAUCCAGACACACGUGGCCUAUCUGGACCUACUGAGAAUAGCUCAGGAGUGUCAGAUCUCCGAGAGUAACUCUGGUCAGCUAUCGCCUGUUGCUGGAGGGCCGAUUCUGACACCACCCAGCAGCACAGAGAAGCCACCCAAUCCCUGACCAGGACAAAACCAGAGAGACGUGCUACCUCUCCUCAGUCUGACAGGAGCCACUCGCUGAAUGAUGCACAAUUUUGGGCAAACAGACCUCGCGUGUGUGUGUGGGGGGGGUUGUUGUUGUUGUUGUUGUUGUUGUUUUGUGUGUGUGUUGUGCGUGGUUUUUUUUUUUUUUUUUUUUAAACACUAAGAUCAGACUUUUAGUAGCCAUGGUGAUGAAUUGACAACAUUCAGCUGGGAAAAAUUGGGAUUUGUCCCUGUUGACAAUCCUGCCAACAGUAUUGUGGUUUAAGGUGACAAAGACUAAGAGCCUCUUGGUUAGUGAUGGCAUCAGCGUGUUCACAAUUCCAUUCCGGUCUGACUCCUUUGAUAUGGUCAGAGAAUGCAGCUCACGGGCUGCCUAACUUUAAGUGUUUUAUUUUUUAAAAUAUAUCUUUAAUACAUAUACAAUUAGCAAAUUUUGGUCUGAAUCAGCAGCAGCUACUUCAAAACUGAUUUUAGCUUGACCAAGCCCACAGAUGUGCAGGGCAGCAGCUGUCGUGGCUUUUCGUUUUCCUUAGACUGGUUUUGGUUUGAAAAAGAACCAAUCAUUUCAUAUCUGGGAGUUUCACUGGUGCUAUUCUUCUAAGUGAUGCCUACUUUUGAAUGGUGCUUCAGUCAAUCUUCUCAGGAAAAUGGAAAGACUCAUUUCCUGUAUUUUUUAUUUUUUUUAUUAUUCUUAAUUACAUUGAAAGGAAUCUUUGCUCUGAAGAGCUGGAUUUUGAAAUGUAGUGUGAUUAAUGUCCCCAUUUCACUUUGAAUCUCAAUGUGCAGACCUGCUGUAGAUUGGCAGGGUGGCAAACUGCUUGAUAAUGAACUACACAAUGAGUUUCAUAGCUUCGUGGGCCAAAGGAACAAUCUCCUGAUUUGCUCACCCCUAAAAGUGUUUUCAUGCUCGUGACCUGUUGGUGGCUUCACCCCCUCCCCAUAGAAUAUAAACUGUUGCAGCCUUGUUGCAGACUCUUGUUACAUUCCUGUGAAACUUGACGAUUGUGGAAAUUUUUUUUUUUUUUUUUUAAAGUGCUUGUAUUUAUUGAGCCUUAAUAUGUAAUAGAAAAAAUGUUAAUAUGUAAAUUCUUUCAGUGAUUGAGCUCAGUUUAAUCACAGCCAAAGGCAAAAGCUAUUUAUGAUUUUGCUGACGCCUGUUGAAUUACAGUUCUUUAUAAUAUGUUGUACACUAGCCUGUCAUUAGUGCCUUUUUAUGAAAAUAUUAACUGUAUUGAUAAAUACUUUAGGCUGAAGCAGGCCCAAAGGCUGAGAACGAGUAAACCUGUGACUGUAAAUCUCUGCAGUGAACCUUCCGCCAUGUAAACUGUAUGUAGAAGUGAAAACAAUGAAUGUUUCUUUUGUACAUAAAGCAAUUCCGAAAUGUGUGAUUUUUCGUUAUUGGGAUGUUUUAAAUAAAACGAUGUGACGAA